AUGGCACGUGCCAAAGCCAAAGCAAAGGGACUUUCUUGUCCCUCGAUACCCCGAAAGCCUUAUACUCCCAUGUUGAAUGGAAAGUUUGUCAAAGCUAGAGAUAGUCAACACUAUUGGGGAUUCCCUGAGCCAAGAUUCAAUCUUGAGUCAAGAACAAUGGUGCCUGGGUUUGAGCUAUUAAUUAUUUACAAUAACAAGCUUCCAGAACUGAAGGAGGAAGACACAAAUUGGGUUCCAACUGAUUGGGCUGAUUACAUGGACCCUGAUGCAAUGACUAGGCUUCUAGAUGAGGAAAGGGGAGAAGCCCCUAGUGAUGAUGAUGAAGGUAGCAACAUCAAGAGUGAUAGUAGUAGCGAUAACAACAACAGUGACAAUGGUGAUGAUGAGGAUGACAGCAACCGUGGUAGUGAAACCAACAAUAGUGAAGACUACUACUAUGAUGGACAUAGAGAGGAUGAUGCUGAAGCUGAACCUAUAGAUAUGGAGAAUGGUGCUAAAAGUAAAGAAUAUGAGCUAGAAAAUGUGCUAGAAGCUACAGGAGAUGAGGUUAAAGAGGCUGAUAAUAUAGAUUAUGAUGAUUACCCCUAUGGGCGACCCUCAGAUUAG